CUCACCUAUCGACGAUUCAUAUGUCGCUGAUCCUCAACUACCACAAGACCUGACGCUCUGUGUUUCGACCUCCACCUCUGGUAGAUGCAGGUCUUCGACACGUGACGACUGGUGAAUUAUCCUGUUUUCAGAGAUUGAGUGUCUCUGAUUGCAUCCCCUCAAUUAGGUUCGCAUCAUGGCCGGUUCCCGGCCAUCGUCCACCCGCUGGACCCUACUGUUGUCUUUGGUUGUUCUCCUUGGAUGCCUAGUCAUCCCUGGAGUAUCCGUCAAACACGAAAGUUUCAAAAAAUGCUCCCAGUCCGGGUUCUGUAAGCGGAACCGAGCAUUAGCCGACGAUGUCACUGCUAAGGGCUCGGCUUGGUCCUCUCCAUACGAACUUGAAACUUCCUCCAUCCACUUCAAGGAUGGACAAUUGCACGGAACCAUCCUCAAAUCUCUAUCUACGAACGAAAAGAUCCGGUUGCCCCUCGUCAUCUCCUUCUUGGAGUCGGGCGUUGCUCGAGUUACCGUCGAUGAGGAGAAGCGCUUGAAGGGUGAGAUUGAGCUUCGAAACAAUAGCCCGGCCCGCAAGGAACGAUACAAUGAAGUUGAAAAAUGGGCUUUGGUUGGUGGCUUGGAUUUAAGCACGACCGCGACCUUGGAGCCAGAAACAGAAGCUGGAGUUACCCGGGUCUUGUACGGUCCGGACAACAAGUUCGAAGCUAUCAUCCACCAUGCACCUUUCAAGGCGGAGUUCAAGCGAGACGGUCAGACCCAUGUGCAACUGAAUCACCAGGGCUAUCUUAACAUGGAACAUUGGCGGCCCAAGGUCGAAGCUGCGGAAGGCAGCGACCAAGAGCCCUCAGAAGACGAGAGCACUUGGUGGGAUGAGAGCUUUGGAGGAAAUACAGACUCGAAGCCCAGGGGUCCUGAAAGUGUGGGAUUGGACAUCACAUUUCCGGGCUACAGCCAUGUUUUCGGUAUUCCAGAACACGCCGACUCGAUGUCUUUGAAGCAGACUCGAGGUGGUGAUGGCAAUCACGAAGAGCCUUACCGCAUGUACAACUCGGAUGUCUUUGAAUAUGAGCUGAACAGCCCAAUGACCCUCUAUGGCUCCAUUCCGUUUAUGCAGGCUCAUCGUAAAGACUCGACUGUUGGUGUCUUCUGGCUCAAUGCCGCGGAAACCUGGGUAGACAUCGUCAAGUCCAAGUCGUCCCCCAACCCUCUUUCUUUGGGCGUAGGGGCCAAGACAGAUACGCAGAGUCACUGGUUCUCUGAGUCUGGUCAGAUUGACGUUUUCGUUUUCUUGGGCCCUACACCGCAGGACAUUAGCAAGUCAUAUGGUGAACUUACUGGCUUCACUCAAUUGCCUCAACACUUUGCUAUUGCGUAUCACCAGUGUCGCUGGAACUACAUCACCGACGAGGAUGUCAAAGAGGUUGAUCGCAAUUUUGACAAGUAUCAAAUCCCCUAUGACAUCAUCUGGCUGGACCUCGAGUAUACGGAUGACAGGAAGUAUUUCACCUGGGACCCUCUCACCUUCCCUGAUCCUAUCAGCAUGGAGAAGCAGCUGGACGAGUCCGAGCGUAAGCUCGUGGUUCUGAUCGAUCCUCACAUCAAGAACAAGGAGGGAUACACCAUCUCGGAAGAGCUGAGGAGCAAGAAUUUGGCCACCAGGAACAAGGAAGGCGAGAUCUACGAUGGGUGGUGUUGGCCUGGCUCCUCCAACUGGAUUGAUACCUUUAACCCGGCCGCCAUCAAAUGGUGGAUCAGCUUGUUCAAAUUCGAUAAGUUCAAGGGUACUCUGUCGAAUGUCUUCAUCUGGAAUGAUAUGAAUGAGCCCUCCGUCUUCAACGGCCCCGAAACCACUAUGCCCAAGGACAAUCUGCACCAUGAGAAUUGGGAACAUCGUGACAUUCACAAUGUUCAUGGUAUCACUUUGGUCAAUGCCACCUACAAUGCCCUGUUAGAGCGCAAGAAGGGCGAGGUCCGCCGGCCCUUUAUCCUGACCCGCUCUUACUAUGCCGGUGCUCAACGGAUGUCGGCCAUGUGGACGGGUGACAACCAGGCCACCUGGGAACAUCUGGCUGCUUCGCUCCCGAUGGUGUUGAACAACGGUAUUGCUGGUUUCCCAUUUGCCGGUGCUGAUGUAGGCGGUUUCUUCCAGAACCCAAGCAAGGAACUUCUCACCAGAUGGUACCAAACUGGUAUCUGGUAUCCGUUCUUCCGGGCACACGCUCACAUUGAUACGCGCAGACGUGAGCCGUACUUGAUUGCCGAGCCUUUCCGAUCUACCAUCGCGCAGGCCAUCCGCUUGAGGUACCAGCUCUUGCCUGCCUGGUAUACCGCCUUCCAUGAGGCUUCGGUGAACGGGAUGCCGAUUGUGCGGCCCCAGUACUAUGUCCACCCUACUGAUGAAGCGGGAUUUGCCAUUGAUGACCAGCUUUAUCUUGGCAACACGGGUCUUCUCGCCAAGCCGGUGGUGGCGGAGGAUGUCACGAGUGUUGACAUCUAUCUCGCCGAUGACGAGAAGUACUAUGACUACUUUGACUUCACCGUUUACCACGGAGCGGGUAAGCGGCAUACCGUGCCUGCUCCUAUGGAGAAGAUACCUCUGUUGAUGCAGGGCGGGCAUGUUAUCCCCCGUAAGGAUCGCCCACGCCGCAGUAGCGGACUCAUGAAGUGGGAUCCUUACACCCUGGUCAUCGUCCUGGAUCAGAAUGGCCAGGCCGACGGUACUCUCUACGUCGAUGACGGCGAGACUUUUGACUAUGAGCGGGGGGCCUACAUUCACCGCCGAUUUGUCUUCCGUGAUUCUGCCCUCUCAUCCGAGGAUGUGGGCGUGAACGGUCCUAAGACGAAGGACUAUCUGAAGACCAUGGCCGGUGUCCGUGUGGAACGGGUGAUUGUUGUUGACCCACCCAAGGAGUGGCAGGACAAGACUAGCGUGACGGUCAUUGAGGCAAACGCCAAAGCCGCUACCACGGCAUCGAUGGAGUAUCACAGCCAGCAAGAUGGCAAGGCUCCAUAUGCCGUGGUUAAGAACCCUAAUGUGGCCAUUGGCAAUUCUUGGCGGAUUGAAUUUUGAUUCCCUAGAGCGACAGAUGAGCGAGAUAUGCUAACAUAUUGAAUUCCAUGGUCAUCUUAAGAACCAAC